AUGGUUCCGUCACGCAAACGGACCAUUGAAGAAAUCGACGAUGUACGAGAGGAACCGACCCUACUCCAUCGCAUUCGCAGCCAAUGGCAAUUUGCCAACCUGUGUCAAUGGAUCUUUCUUUUUGGGAAGGUCGUUAAGAUUGACGACAGUCUGGAUACCGAAGAUAUUGAAACCGAAUGCCUCAAGCCAAACGCGCCCGUGCUCCAGGACAUUGGCCUGGCUCUUCUCAAGUUCAUAUCGUCGCACAGAGGCUUGACGCACGAAUUGUUCGAUGAGUACACCAGGAGGCAAUAUUUAGCUAGAGCGCCCGAAAAGAAUCCGUUUGGUUCCGAUGAGGUUGCUGCAAAAUUCGCCGACUUUGACAUUCAGAUUCUCCAGCAAAUGACACAAUGGAUUAUGCUACGUCCCGAACGCGUAAGGGAGAAGAUGGAGGAACAGAAGGAUGUUGACCAGGCCAGCUGGCGGAUAGAACCCCUGGGCUGGGAUAGGGAUGACCGCACCUACUUUGUCCUUGAUGACAAUAGGGUAUACCGCCUCACCGAUGCUCCACCAAAACAAGUAACACCGAAGAAGAAGUCCAAGCCGACCAAGUACGGCUCUCGGUCUAACAAGAGGCGCCGCGUCUCUGCAGCAGAGGCUGCCGAUGAACCGGAUCAACCCCCAAGCGAAUCCACGGAAGCACCUUCGCCUACUCGCGAGGACGACGGUCUCGGUGGCAUGAGGUGGGAAUGUGUUGCUGUGACCCUAGAAGAUGUCCAAGGGCUUAUCGCCUCUUUUCACAAAACCAAGGACGACAACGAGAAGAUACUGCGAGACUCUCUACGAGACCACUUGCUGCCCAUUUUGGAGAAGCAAGAAGAGUCGAGGAAACGCAAAGAGCAGCAACGCGAGAAGGAGCUUCUUAAUUUGGCGAAAAUGGCGAAUGCCAAACGAUCAAGCAGGAUCGCUGGCAAAGUUGAACAACAGAAGCAAGAGGAGAAGGCCAAGGAGGAGGCCCAAGUGGUCCAGGCUCAACAAGUUGCUGCAAGGAAAGAGGAGCAACAACGGCUCAAACUCGAAAAAGAGCGAGACUCAAGGCUGUUGUCCCGUGAAAAGCGCCUGAAAGAGCGGGAAGCCCGGCGCUCACAGCACGAAAGAGAACUCUCUCAGCUUUCGGAAGACAACCGCAGUGGUUCAGGUCGCGUAUCGGAACGUCGACUGCAGGCUGAGAUCGAGAAGAACAAGCGUGCGCUCCAGGAGCUCGAUGACGAAGACGAAGAGGAUGACUGGAUCUUCGACUGCAUUUGUGGCGUUUAUGGCCAGGUAGAUGACGGGACGCAUAGUAUCUCCUGCGAGAAGUGCAAUGUCUGGCAGCACAGCAAGUGCGUAGGCAUAAGUGAGACCGAGGCUGAGAGAACAGAAUUCCACUUCGUCUGUCAGACUUGCCGGCGACGCGCGAAGGAGGCGGCUGCAAGGCCACGGACAACAAUUAAGCUGAAGGUCAGUCGUCCCUCCGACUCGUCACCUGCCAGCCAGCUCCCCACAGCAUAUAGUCCCAGGCCAUCUGCUGGAAUCAUGGGCGAAAUUUCAUCACGCUCACAACCGAUGGAUGGACCGAGCGUUACCCAGACCGAUGAGAGUACGCAAUCAACCUCUUUCUCUGGGGACAAGACUACUCAGCCUGAGUCCAACUCACAAGACGGGAAGACAAUCUUGGACGGAGUGUCUCCUGUUGCCACGCCAGCCGCUGGACCAUCGGAACCGUCAGACCGGGUCAGAGAGGGAGAGUCAGGCAAAGAAGGCAGUAGUGAGCCAGCGACACCCAAGGCUGAUGACUCAGUCGGUGUUGCAGUGCACUUCAUGGCUAACGGGUCCGUAUCAACUGGUCGCGAUGGGUUGCCGGCGAGCCCCACUCGACUGGAGGCAACUCCUGGCCCUGCAGAUACUUCAUCGCCCAGGCCAGGAGUGUCUAGCUUGACAGCAACCCCAGUGAUCAGUCGCGAAUAUGGCGUUCCUGGCUCAGCACACUCAUCAUUCACACUACCCUCAGCUGAAGCUGGGCUUUCCCCGACGAAGCAUUCACCUCCUCUGCCCCGUCCGCAACCACCCAGCAUCAAGACACCUGCUUUGCCUGCUGUCCUUCCGCCUGUAGCGACGUUGUCACCGUCCCCACGUCAGCAGAUUUUGACGCCUCCGAUCAAGUCUACAGAGCCAGGUCGGCGAUCGCUGCCUCCAGGGUCGACUCCCGGCGCCAUCUGA